CUGUGCCUUUCAGUCCGAGACAUUCACAUAUCAAUACAGGGCUGCGUCAGUGCCAGAUCAGAGCCGGAGUUCAGCUUCAUACGCUGCACAGAGACACUCAGAGUCCAUCAUGAAGUCUCAGCUGAAGUGUAUUGUGAUCUUUGCGCUGGUGUGCUGCUGUGCGGUGCUGAUAGCGCUCAUAUUCUCUGCUGUAGACGUGUGGGGGGAUGACGAGGAUGACAUCACUGAGGGGAAAUGCAGCAGUUCCUGUCGUGUUGUGCUUGUUGAAAAUAUUCCAGAAGACCUGUCCAUUCCAUAUCAGGACACAGUUUCCCUGGCCGCUGGUCUCCAUGAGCUUUUGGAUCAAGCACAUCGGUCUGUUGAGAUCGUGUCACCAUGGUGGGCACUGAACUCCACCGAGUAUGAGUCGAAACCUCCCCAGGCCAAACAGGGUCAGAUCUUACUGCAUCAGUUGAUGAGUCUGCGGUCUCGGUCAGUCAGUUUGAAGGUGGUCAGUGGACUAACUCAUUCCUCAGAGCUCAAGGCACUCACUCAGAGUGGUGCCGAGGUGCAUUACCUGAACAUGACAGCCCUCAUGAACGGUCAGCUCAACUCCUCCUUCUGGGUGGUAGACAGGAAGCACAUGUACAUAGGAAGUGCUGGCAUGGAUUGGAGGUCACUGUCUGUGAUGAAGGAGUUGGGCAUCAUUAUUUAUAACUGCAGCUGUCUGGUGUUGGACCUGCACAAAAUAUUUAGCCUCUACUGGCAACUGCAGUAUAAAGAGUUUUUGCCGUCAAUAUGGUCCAAGAAACUGAACGCUCUGUAUAACAGAGACAACAACCUUCAACUGCAUCUGAAUGACACGGAAGCAGAAGCAUACUAUUCAAGUUCUCCAGAUGUUUUCUGCCCAAAAGACCGGACGAAAGACCUUGAGGCCAUUAACAGAGUCAUUCAAAAGGCUGAGACAUUUAUCUACAUCUCCAUAACCAACUAUCUACCAAUGCUCAACCGCAACCAACCCAAGUACUGGUCACGCAUUGACAACAUGCUCCGAGAAGCAUUGAUUGUGAAAAAAAGCAUCAAAGUACGCCUGUUAAUAAGCUGUUGGGAGCAGACUGACCCACUGACAAUGAACUUCCUGUGGUCUCUCAAAGCACUGUGCACAGAGUCAUUACGCUGCUCAGUAGAGGUGAAGUUCUUCAUUCCACUGAAGCAGAGCAAUGGACAUCUCUAUGGAGUGAAUCACAACAGAUACAUGGUGACGGACAGAUCUGUGUAUAUAGGGAAUUUAAACUGGGUGGGCGAUGAGUUUGUCUACAGCGCCGGUGUUGGUGUUGUGAUCAGUCAGCAGGUGAAGCAGAACAACUCAAGUGUAGUUGAACGGAUGAAAGCUGUGUUUGAACGAGACUGGCACUCCCACUACAGUAAAACACUCCAGCCAAACAACAUCCCAGCAUGCAGCAUGCACACGGCAAACGAUUCUCUCUGAAAACAUGUUUGAAGAUCACAUGCAAACCUUAAACUUAUCAAUCAAUUUGUUGGCUGUUUCCUUUCAAUUCUACCAAACACCUCGAGUUAAUAUAGCAAUCAAGGCUUUCUAUCGAAACCAUCUUUUGUAAGGUUAUAAAUAUUUUGCUAUAUUGUUUGGCCCAGGUUUCACCUGUUAUUAGGAUGCAUUUUCAUAAUGCAAUCAAACGUGGUGCUGUCAGACUUCGUUUUAUUCGCCUCCUUUACCCUAUUGUUUGGCAGCAAGAUGACAUGGUUUGUCUGUACUUUUGCACAUUACUCUGCACUCCCAUGAUUAUAGGUGCUCACAGGAGAUGCAUUUGAGAUACAAACAUCACAAAAAUGCAUCUUAAUGUCACAUGGAAAUGUUGUAUGAAUUGUUUUAAGAUGUUUGUCUCUGUUUAAGUGUUGCACUGAGACUUUCUAUUCUCAAAAUAAUAAUUCCUUGCUUUAACGAUAAGGGGGAAAAUGUUUUCAAUGUCACAUUCAUUUUGAAUGUGCUUCCAGAUAUUUUUUACCAUUAAACGGUGAUGCUUAAUUAAAAUUAUGCAUUUUCAAGCACUGUAUCUGAAAGUUAAUUUAAUAAUUUUUACAGGCAGGAUUUUACAAAAUCUUUCUACAAAUGUUCAUAUAUCUUUUUUCUUUUUUUUUUUUGCUGAUUCAGUAUAUAUCUGCAAGGUGAUUUAUGUUGAUGUAUGUUGUUUCAACACAAAUCUGUAAUAAAACGUAAUAAAUGUAAUAAAAUAUUUAUCUCACAAAAAUGCAUGGAUUCACUACAGGGGGAUGUUUUAUUACAGAUGCGCAUGAAUUUUCAUUCUCGGGUAGCUAACCCUUUAAGUCUGCUAACAGCAAUGAGUCUGUUAAAUGAUAUUUAUCUCUUGACUGAUUCUGGAGACUCUGUGGUUCUUAUUGUUUUAGAUUUCCCUCUUCUCCCGCACCUCAGACCUGUGGCGUUCAGCAAGGCUCUAUCCUAGCCCCGUCUCUAUUUUCUCUCUAUAUGCUACCUCUAGGCUCUAUUCUAAGGAAACAUGGUGUCUCUUUUCAUUUCUAUGCAGACAAUACUCAAAUCUUCCUACCAAUCAAAAGAAACAAUUCAGAAGUGAUUACCUCUCUUCAGCAAUGCUUCCAGGAUGUUAAAGCAUGGCUCGCCCUAAGUUUCCUCUUCCUAAAUGAAGGCAAGACCGAAGUAAUUGUUUCUGUUUUAAUGAGAGUUCUCAGUAUAUACGUCCUAAUUUGGACAGUUUAUCAGUUUUUAGAUCUUCACAGGUCCGGAACAUAGGUGUUCUUGUCAGCCAGCAUUUAAAAUUUGAUACACAUAUCUCCUCUGUUAUCGGAUCCAGUUUCUAUCAACUUCAUCUAAUUUCUAAAAUCAGAGACUUUCUCACUCCCAAAACUCUAGAAAUCUCAGCUAGGUUACUGCAAUUCCUUAAAAAUGUAGAAAUGUCUGAUUGCGUGUGUUCAGCUAGUCCAAAACGCUGUGGCCAGACUUCUUGUGAAGUGUUGCAAACAUGAACACAUCACUCCAAUUCUCAGAUCUCUACACUGGUUUCCGGUUCAUCAGAGAACAGACUUCAAAAUUCUACUCUUUGUUCAUAAAUCUUUACAUAACCUAGCUCCUGUCUACCUCUCUGAAUCCUUCAUUUAUACACUCCAUCUAGAAGAAUUUGUUUUUCUUACUUAUUACUGUUAUGCUGUAAUUUUUUUUAACAGGUUGUUCAUAUUUUUAUCUGGUUUGCUUUCUGAGUAUGUUUUUAUAAUUUUCUCUUCUGUAAAGUACCUUGGUCAACCUAGUGGCUGUUUGUGAAUGUGCUAUACAAAUAAAAUGAACUUGAACUCCUUGCUAUUUUCUAUUUUUGGUUAUUCUUUUUACUUUUUACCCUGGCCACUGUGGUAUUUGUUGUCUUUGGAACAGCUUUCUUAUUUUGGUCCCUAAACAGGGUCGUAACAUAAAUAUUAUAUAUUUUU